UUCUGCUUUGGUGAUCCAGAAAGAGAAGAGAGGCGGGUGAUGGAUGGAAGAAACAACACAGUGGUGACCUAUUUCAUUCUGAUUGGGCUAUCAGAGUACCCCAGGGCUCAAGUCGUCUUUUUCUUCCUGCUCUUGGGGUCCUAUCUUGUCACUCUGCUGGGGAAUGUCCUCAUUCUCUUCCUGAUCCACUAUGAUGCCCGCCUCCACACGCCCAUGUACUUCUUCCUCAGCAACCUCUCCUUCCUGGACAUCUGCUACACUUCAGCCAGUGUUCCUCAGAUGAUCAUUAACUGUUUAGUCACGAUUCCCAUCAUCUCCCUGGGCCAGUGCUUGGCCCAGAUGUGUGCUGGCCUUUACUUGGGGGUGGUGGAGUGCCUCCUGCUGGCCGUCAUGGCCUAUGACCGCUGCAUCGCCAUUGGCGACCCUUUGCGCUACUCGGUCAGGAUGGAUCCGCAGCUCUGUGUCCAGCUCUCAGUGGGGUCCUGGGUCUCAGCCUUUCUCCUCACUGUGAUACCCACCCUGGCCACACCACUAGAGUUCUGUGGCCACCACAUCAUCAACCACUUCUCCUGCGAGCUCUUGGCCGUCAUCAAACUCGCCUGUAACGAUCUGAGGUACAAUGAAUAUUUUAUGAUGGCAUCCAGUUUCCUCACCCUCCUGCUACCCUUCGCCUUCAUCCUUGCCUCCUACGGGCGCAUCCUCAGGGCGGUGCUGAAGAUGCAUUCAACCAAAGGUCGAAAGAAGGCCUUCUCCACCUGUAGCUCCCACCUCACGGUGGUGGUCAUCUUCUACGGCACGGCCAUCUCCAUGUACAUGAUGCCCCAGGACAAGGCCAGCAGGGACCGGGACAAGAUCAUCUCCAUGCUGUAUGGUGUUGUGACACCCAUGCUCAACCCCCUUAUCUACAGCCUCCGGAACAAGGAUGUGAAGGGGGCCUUACAGAAACUAUGUGGGGAGAAGACGAUCCCCUAA